AAGAAGCGAAUUAUUGAACUAAACAGCAAAUGGGCCCUAAGACCAACUCAAGGGGAUGCUGAGGGUUUCCAAUUACGAUUUGCAGAAUCCUUGCAAGAACAUAUUGCGAGACUUCAGCAAAAUGGAGAAAUCAAUGAUGGAGAAACUAUUAGGAUAAAGCUUAGUGGUGAUGGAACAAAUAUUGGAAAGAGGCUUACAGUUAUCAACUUUACUUUCACCCUGCUCAAUGAAAAGGAGGUGGCAAUGGGCGAGAAGGGGAAUUACGUACUCGCUGUUGUAAAAACUACAGAGACAUAUGAUAAUCUAAGAGAGAGCCUAGUAAACCUUCGGAUGGAAAUGUCAAACUUGACGGAAAUAAGUGCAAAUAACUGCACCUACAAGCUUGCAUACUUCUUAGGUGGAGACUGGAAAUUUUGA